AUGGCGAAGACCGCGGUAGGAGAGGUGAGGAUCGCGGCAGACAAGGUCGGCAACGUGACCUCAAUGAAGAAUUAUGUGACCGCCGCGACCUCCGCGCCGACCUCAAGAACCGUCACCAAGAGCGGAAAGAGGCCAAGCUCUGCCAUCGUGCCGAACGCCUACGUCCCGCCCAGGCGCAACAACGGUGGACGCCCCAGGGCACCACCCGGCAUGUACAACCUCGACGACAACGACGACACGAUGAUCAAUGGCUUCACCACCUUCACUCCCCACCUCAGGGCUGUUGAGUGGCCGACCUCGUUCAAGCCGGCUAUCAACGACAAGUACGAUGGCUGCUCUGACCCCACCAUCUGGCUCAAGACGUAUAGCACCACGGUGAAAGCUACCAACAGCACCUACGACCAGAUGGCCGCCUACUUCUCAGUGCCAAAAGCCAGCAUUCCCCGGCCAUACCUCGUCCUCACGAACGCACCUUCACUUCCAUCUCGUUCUCUGCAGCUACCCUCUGCAUUGGUGUCCGUGGAUAUGGCCAAGUCCCUGAUCUUAUGCACGGUCCUCCUUGCUGCGUGCCUCGCGCUCGCCGCAGCCCAGGGCUCUCCGGGCACCGCCACGUUCUACGGUGGAGCCGACGGCUGGGGCACCAUGGGUGGCGCCUGCGGGUACGGCAACCUGUACGACGCCGGGUACGGCGUGCUCAACGCGGCGCUGAGCCAGACGCUGUUCAACGACGGCGCGUCGUGCGGGCAGUGCUACACCAUCACGUGCGACGGAUCACGCCCCGGCGGACAGUACUGCAAGCCCGGCAACAGCAUCACCGUCACGGCCACCAACCUGUGCCCGGCCAACUACGCCCUGCCCAACGGCGGCUGGUGCGGCCCGGGGCGCCCUCACUUCGACAUGUCGCAGCCGGCGUGGGAGAACAUCGGAAUCUACCAGGCCGGCGUCAUCCCAGUCCUGUACCAGCAGGUCAAGUGCUCACGCAACGGCGGCGUGCGCUUCAGCAUCGCCGGAUGCAACUACUUCCUGCUCGUCAACAUCCAGAACCUCGGCGGAAGCGGCUCCGUGGGCGCCGCCUGGAUCAAGGGAGACAACACCGGGUGGAUCCAGAUGUCCAGGAACUGGGGCGCCAACUGGCAGGCGCUGGCCGGGCUCGUCGGCCAGGGGCUCAGCUUCGCCGUGACCACCACCGGCGGGCAGUACAUCCAGUUUCUCAACGUGGCGCCGGCGUGGUGGCAGUUCGGCCAGACCUACACCACCUACCAGAACUUCUACUACUAAAACUUGCGAUUUCUUGCGGUUGGGUAAGAUGGCAAGUGCGUCCUCGUAAUUUGGCCGGAGUGUGGGUGCACUUGGCGGCCGUCUGACCGUGGCAUCUCUCCUAUGUGAUGCUCAGACAAAGCAAGAAGGGAGGCCCGAGGCCACAUGUACCUAUGGCCUGCAUUUGUUUUCAACCUGUAGAUACAAAAGCACAUUAUGUUUCCCGAUUACAUGUACUGCACAUAUUUCAUUAAAGAGAAAACAGAGUUUUUAUAA